AUGGUGCGCUCGUAUCUUCGCCACGAGCCAACCUCUGCGUUCGGAAUCAUCUGUUCCGCUUCGGCCAACUCGAUCCUCGACCCGGACACCAAGACCGCUUUCGUCCCCGCGCUAGAAGAUGUGCUCGUCUGGGACGUUCGACGAGGUGCGCUCCUCGCCACCUGGCACGAGAUAGGUCAUCGAUCUAAAGUGACUGCGCUCGCGAGGUCGCCCACAGACCCCGACACCUUCGCUGUAGGCUACGAAGAUGGCAGCAUCCGCCUUUGGUCGGCAGAGACCAACUCGACUGCUGUCACCUUCAACGGCCACAAGAAAGCCGUCAUCGCCCUCACUUUCGACGCACAGGGCUUGCGAGUGGCCAGUGCCAGUCUCGACACGGACAUCAUUCUGUGGGACCUCGUAGCAGAGACGGGCCUGUACCGUCUGCGUGGCCACCGCGACGCUGUCACCGCCAUCGCCUUUGUGCGCACUCCAUCGACAUUCCAGCAGUCCACCUCGAACGGCGCAUCGUCCUCCGCUGCCGUCGUACACGCAGACUCCAACGCCGCUGGCUAUCUGCUCAGUACGUCCAAAGACGGCCUUCUGAAGCUGUGGGAUCUGUCGCUGCAGCACUGUGUGGAAACAGUGGUACACGGGUCCAACGAGAUCUGGAGCUUAGCCGUCUCGCAAGAUGUACCCCUCGCCAUGCAGGUAUCGACCAAGGGAAAGCAGGCCGCUGAAGACGACGACGAUGACGAUGCCGCCGACCGUAAUGCCAUCGCCGAUGGUGGCGCUCUCGUACUCACGGGUAGUGCCGAUGGCGACAUGAAAGUAUGGGAAAUCUCUUCAGAGGCGCUAUCUCGUGGUUUGCAAACCGUCACUAGCACCGACGAUGCUACGAGCGACGGCUCGUCCGACAAGUUCCUAAUCUCAAAAGGCUCCAUUCCUCUGUCGGGGAAGCACCGCGUGACGCAGAUCGAGUUUUGUGGCGUGCCCAAGCGUCAAGCCGGCGCUACCGCCGUGGCACCCUCGCACGGCCAGGGCUUCAUCGCUGUCUCAGGUACCGACAAGGCGGUGCAAGUGUUCCGACUGCGCUCAACGCAAGAGAUGGCCAAAAAGAUGGAACGUCGCAGGAAACGCAACAAGGAGAAAGCCGACAAGAAGCGGGCAAAGGAGGGAGCCAAUUCGACUGCUGCAGACGUCACUCAGGAAGCUGUGCAAGAUCAUGUUACCUGGACCGACCGCAUCGAAGCUUACACUAAUGUCCGACCCUCGGCAGGCAAGCUCAAGAGCUUCUCGCUCGUCACGCCGCGCUCCAACAAGGCCUCAUCCAACAAGUUCGGGCUCAGCGUUUUGUGUGCCCUCUCGACCAACGCGCUCGAAAUCCACAGCGUACCCGCACCGCCACGUUCCAAGGCGGAAAAGGCUACCCCCAUUGAGCCUGUCCUCGCCAGCGCACUCGAAGCGCCGGGCCACCGAUCCGACAUCCGCGCCGUUGCCCUGUCAUCGGACGACACGCUGCUCGCCUCCGCCUGCGGAGCGGGCCAGCUCAAGAUCUGGAACGUCAACACAGGCCGCUGCAUCCGCACGCUUCCCUGCGGCUAUGCGCUUUCGGUCGCCUGGCUGCCCGGUGACCAGCACGUCUUGGUCGGUUGCAAGGACGGCACGCUGCGCAGCUUUGACGUGCGCGCCGGUAUCGCUGUAGAGACACUCGAUGCGCAUCAGGGUCCGCUAUGGAGUGUCGCUGUUCAGCCGGACGGUUUGGGCUGUGUCUCUGCAAGUGCCGACAAGGAGGUCAAGUUUUGGGAGUUUGAGAUGCAGGUGCCCGAGGACGAGAGCGAGGGCGAAAAAGAUGACGCUGAGGAAGGGAAAGCGCAAGGUCCACCUCAACUGGCGCUGGUGCACGUACGAACGCUCAAGAUGACCGACGACGUGCUCUGCGCGCGCUUCUCGCCCAACGGCAAGCUGCUCGCUCUGUCGCUGCUGGACAACACGGUGAAAGUAUUCUUCGCCGACUCGCUCAAGUUCUUCCUCUCGCUCUACGGCCACAAGCUGCCCGUGCUCGCGCUCGACAUCUCCGGCGACAGCAAGCUCUGCGUUACCGUCAGCGCGGACAAGAACGUCAAACUGUGGGGUCUCGAUUUCGGCGACUGUCACAAGUCGAUCUUUGCGCACAACGAGAGCAUCAUGGGCGUCUGCUUCGAACACGGCCAGCAGGGUGGUGGGCUGAUGGGCGGUCGACAGGGCAACUCGCACCAUUUCUGGACCGUGGGCAAGGAUGGCUUGUUGAAGCACUGGGAUGGAGACAACUUCCAGAUGAUCCAGCAGCUCGAGGGGCAUCAUGGGGAAGUGUGGGCGGUGGCGCCGGGGCACAGCGGGAAGGUGGUGGUGACGGCGGGUGCGGAUCGGUCAAUUAGGACGUGGGAGAAGACGGACGAGCCGCUGUUUUUGGAGGAGGAGCGGGAGAGGGAGAUGGAGCGUGCGUUUGAGGGGGCGGGGCAGACGAGGCAGGAUGAAGAGCGCGCGAUUGGGUCGUUGGCCGACGGGGUGGAUCCCGAUGCCGAGGGUGCCGUGUCGAGUGGACCUGAAGCGACGGGUGUUUCCAAGAGCACGACCGAGACCAUGAUGGCGGGCGAGCGAUUGAUCGAAGCGCUCGAGACGGCGGAUGCCGACAUUGCAGCACGUACUGCUGCACGCUCUGCUGGGCAAGCUGAGCCCGCCUACCACGCGCUCAUCAUGGCCGAGUUCGACUCAUCGCGCUCGCCCGUCGACGAAGACAUCAGCGCGCACAAGUACGUCCUGCGUGUCCUCGAGAAGAUCCUCCCCGCCCAACUCGAAGAUGCGCUCCUCGUGCUGCCCUUCGACAAAGUCCUCUCGCUCCUGCGCCACCUCGAUCACUUUGCGCGAAAGGAGUGGAACAUCCCCCUCGUCAGCCGCAUCCUCUUCUUCCUCCUGCGCACGCACCACAACCAGAUCGUCGCCAACCGCAUCAUGCGCCCUACGCUGCUCGACCUCAAGACGCACCUCCGCCGCGCACUCGCCAGGCAGAAGCAGACUAUCGGCUUCAACCUGGCGGCGCUCAAAUUUAUCAAGGCGCAGCACGUCGCUCAGAAGACCACGGAGAUCUACGAGCGCCAGGGACUGAAUGUCGACGAGGACACGGUGCGUGCCAAGAUCGAGGCCAACGCUGCGAGGAAGCGCAAGAUCCGCGUGGCUUGA